GAAUAAUAUGUUGUAAGAAUAAAAUAUUAUGAAUCAAGAGGACGUUACACCCACAUGUGUUGUCUCCGUCUUAAAUGUUACAAAUGUAAAACAUAGCAAAAACUGUUUUUCGAGGAACAGGCAAAUAAGUUGAAUAUCAUCAUUUAUCAAUCAGUUGUACAAUGGAGUCCAGCAAUUCAAUUCUCGGUUGUUACAUUUCUAAAACUAUAAAUCUAAGACGCUUUAAGACUGAGAAUGCUAACAAAGAUCAAAUUGAAAUGUCAGAUGAUAUCAUUGAUCAGAAAGUAUUUGAAAAAUUAAAAUCAAUUAAUCCAGAUAUUGAUUUAUCUACUCUAGCAGAUGAUGUAAAAGAGUGGGAUAAAGAAUUAGAGAAAUAUAAUUUUCAAGCAAUUUAUGAUUCGCCAGAUUUAUUAUGUACUAGUCAUGUUAUUCCUAUAUACAGCUCCACUUCUAGUGAUCUUCAAACCAUUAAAAAUAAAAACCACAAAUUCAAUAAGACCAAAAAAACUAAAUUAUAUACUUCACUUCCCAGAUUUUCUCCAGAAGGUAAUAUUUUGCCUGAUCAAACUUUGUUAAUUACAAUUUCAACUUAUCAUCCAUUUCAUGAGAAGACAAACCAAAUUCCUAAUGAAACAGAUAUUCCACAUUGUCAAAAUACCAUUCAAUUUUAUGACACACAAACUCUUCAGGAUUUGAAACAAGUAUUCAAGUGUAAAAAUGAAGAAAGUGAAAUCAGCGGAGAUAUAAGUAAUAACAUUCAUAAACCAUUAGAAUUCAUAGAGAACUCAGAUUUGAAGCACGGUUUGUUUUACAUAAAUAAUAACAUUUAUGUUGACUCUUCACUUGUAUCAAUGAAGUAUGCUGAAACAAUGAAAAAAUGGGCUUGUGAUCAUGGUCACACAAUUGAAAAUAUACUAUCUAUGGAUACACAACUUUUGGACUUGGAGGUAUGCAUCGGUCAACCGUAUGUUUACCAACAUUUAGGACGUUGUGAACAUCUUUUUAUAUUUAAUGAAAUCAAUAUUGCUAAAUCUAAUGAUUGGCUUAUCCAGUCCAAAUAUCCAAGAGUCGUUAGUGUAGAAAAAGAGAAAUUGAAGAAAUGUAUAUAUUGCUGUAAAAAUUUAGCUACUAUUGUUAUGCUGAGCGAAAAUGACAGGACCCUAGGAACUGUAAAUCAUAUGUGUAAACAUUGUUUUGAAUCAUAUAACUAUGAUGAUUUAGGUAAUAAGAUAUCAAAUUUCAAAGCUUAUAGAACUGUAAAAUGGAAAAAUAACUAAAUUACCUAUGAAUUAACUUAUAAAGAACUUGGAUUGAUAAAUUAAAUUAAAAUUUUUUUAUUUGUUAAUGAGUACUGGAUUAAAUACCUUAUCUUAAAAUUGCAUAGCCAAGGUAUUUUUUUGUAGGUAGUAUUAUAAUUAUAAGCAAAUUAAUAACUAAAAACACUUUUUUAUGCUCCAAUUAUUAUCAGUUAAGCUUUUAUUACUCAUUUUCAUUUUCAUGGUAAUUUAAUAAUAUAAUAAAUUAUGAGAGUUCUGUGUACCUAUUGUAUUUAGUUUAUAAGAUAUGAUUAAAUUAUCUAGCAAUAAGAAAUAUUAUUAUUUAUAAACUAGGUUAAGAAACAACCAUAGGGAAUAAGUAAAAUUCAAAAUAAAUCAUUCUGUAUUCACUACGCUAAGUACCUUACAACAUAAAAAUGAUGUUAUAGUAAAUACCAUAGUAAUCAAAUAGUAAUUUCUUUGUAUACUAAAUACACAUUUUUUAACACUAGGUUAAGAUAACAUUAACAUAAUAAAACAACAAUUAGUAUAAUUUCACCCAUAGUCGAUAAGUACAAUUUUACUAGGUUUAAUUUAUUUGAUGAUAUACAAAGAAUAUGUGAGAACAGAAAAGUGGUUCAGAAGUGGUGAUCGUGUGAAUCAAUCACUAUUGAGCGCCGUUUUUUUAAUAAAAUGCUUAUAAUAUCAUAUUUUGUUUGUUUAUUUGUGUACGUCUGAAUUUAACUGC